AUGAAUGAGAGAAAGAAUAAAUUUAACAAAAACAUAAAACCAAAUGAUCAGUUAAAAAAGAAAAGAGAGGUAGAGAAUGAAAUAAUAUAUAGAAAAAGUAAAAAUAAUCUUAAAUCUAAUGAAAAUAUUAAAAUAGGAAAAAUUAAAGAAAUAAAUAUUAAAGAAAAAAACAAAAAUAAUCAGAGAGAGGAUUGUGAUAAGAGUAGCAUUAGGCAGAUUGAUAUUGAACAUAUUGAAAAAAAUAAUAUAAAAAAUAAAAAAGAAGAAAAAGAAAUGAACGUAAAAAUAGAAAAAAUGAAAUUAAAGGAACCAAAAAAAAAAAAGGAUAAAAAUAUAAAGGAAAAUUUAAAUGUCAUUAAAAUAAAAAAUAGAAAUAAAAUUAAUAAAAAGGAAACAGAUUAUGAAGACACUAUAGGAAGUGAUUUUUAUAAUUGUAGUGCAAAAAGCACAAACACAGAAAAUAAUGUUUUUAUAAAUGAAGAAAUUGAUGAAAGUGAUGAUGAAUAUAAUAUAAAUACUCUUGGAAACUUCGAUUUAAAGCAUUAUGAAAAUUUCGAUAUCAUAGGUUAUGAUAUAAAAGGGAGAAAGAUAUACAAAGAGGAAGGAAAUGCUAUUGAUGAUUUUAUUGAAUCAAAAACAGAUGAUAAUGCAUGGAGAAAAAUAAAAGAUAAAAAAAAUAACAGAAUUGUGCAAUUAACAAAUACUGAUUUAGAGAUAAUAAAAAGUAUUAGAGAAAAUAAAGUAGCAAAAUACAUUGAUAAUUCUAACUACAUUUAUGAAAAUGAAAAAGAAGAGUAUAAAAUGUUUCCAACAUCUAACUACAAUUUGAUUAAAGCUAACUAUAAAGAAUCAAAACAUGAUAAAAAAAAAAUUCUUCAAAUAAUGAACUAUUUAUUGAAUAAACAAAAAUAUCCAGAAAGAUAUUUACCAAAAGAAGAAGAUGAUAUAUAUGAUUUAUGGAAAAAUAAAAUAUAUGAUGAAUUUAACAACAUCAAUGAAAUAAAUUUACCUAAUAUAUUACCAGGUCAUAAAUACAGUUACAAUCCACCACCAGAAUUAAUGUAUAAUUCAUCAGAAAAAAGGAAUAUUUUAAAAAAUAAUGAAGAUGCUUUUAUACCACAAAAAUUUAAAAAUAUAAGAAGUAUAGAAUAUUAUAAAAAAACAUAUUUUGAUUUAUAUCAAAGAUGUUUGGAUAUAUAUUUAUGUUCAAGAUCAUUAAAAAAUGUUCUAAAUAUAAAUAAAGAAGAUCUAUUGCCAAAAUUACCAUCCACAAAUUCAUUAAAGCCAUUUCCUCAAUAUCAAUUUAUUAAAUAUAUUCUGAAUGAUGAUUUAACUAAGGAUAAAAAUAAAUAUAAUGGUCACAUUGACAUAAACGAAAGGGAUCAUAUUGUUUACACAAUUCAAUGCAAUACCUUAUAUGUAUUUGAUAUAUUAACAUCUUACAAUAUGGCCACAAUUGAUUUAAAGUAUUAUUAUAAGAAAGUUAUUCCAAAGAAUAAAAUAUCGGACGAAUUUCAAGAUAAUGUUAUGAUAAAAGUUAAUAAAGCUUAUUCAAUUUUAGCUAUUUCUUGUGGAAAUAUUAUAUUUUUAUUUCAUUAUGAAAGCUAUGUACCACCUAUUAGGUCAGGUAAUGAAAAUGUUGAAGAAAUUUAUCACACUAAUAAAAAGAAUAAAAGUACUUGUAAUGAUAAUGAUAAUCAAAAUAAAGAGAAAAAUAAUACAUCUAUACCAUCAUCAAACAGUGGGGAUGAAGAUGAAUCAGAUUUAUAUGAUGAAGAUUUUGAUGAAGAAAAUGAUGAUGAUGAUGAAACAUAUAUAGACAAUAGUAACAUGGAAAUUGACGAAGAUGAAAAUGAGAUAAAUAGUAACACUGAGGAAAAUUGUGAAUCAAAAAAACAAUAUAUAAAUCUAGAUAGAAAUAUUAUUUAUCAUAAAACGAAAGGAUUACUUAGUGUAUUUCAUAAUAAUUUUAAAAACACUGAUGAAUAUUGUUAUUCUACAGAUGUUGAUAUAAAAUGGAUUAAUAUUAAAUCUAAUGAUAAGAAAAUAAAGUACUGCGUUGCUAUAAAACAUGAAGGCAAAAUUAAAGAUUUUUCGUGGAAUAAAAAUGGUAAUUAUUUAUCGGUAACGUGCCUAAGAAAAGUUGGUCAAUAUAAUUAUUGUUAUUUACAUCAUUUAAAAUCAAUGAAAUCUAUAAAACUCAUAAAAAAAUAUAAACAAAAAAGAGGAGAUAUUAUUCAAACAAUGUUUUUUCCUAGAAGUCCAUACUUUGCAGUUGCUUUUGAAAACAAUAUAAUAAUAUAUAAUUUAAAGCCUAAAUCUAAAAAAGAUAGAAUCAUAAAGAAACUAAGAGGAAUCCAAAAUAUAACAAGUAUUGAUAUACAUAUUAGUGAAGGGUAUGUUUUGGCCUCAGAUGAAAGGGGAAAAGUUUUUAUAUUUGAUUUAGAAUUGUCUUCUAACCCUUAUAAAAAAUUCCAUUUGCAAGAUUAUCCCUUAAAAAAAGUGGAAUUUCAUAAAAUUUAUAAUUUGUUUUAUUCAUUAAGUUCAAAUGGAACUGUAAAUUUAUUUUAUUCCAAAUUUUUUCAAGACUAUAUAACAAAUCCAAUUUUAUUACCAAUUAAACAAUUAUCAUAUGAAUCAAAAAUAUUAGACCUUGUUUGGUCACAUAAAAAACCAUGGCUGUUUGUUCAUACAGAUAAUAAUUUUUCUGCUUUGUAUACAUAA